CUUUAAAACUACUUUGACUAAUAAUUACUAAAAAUAAUAUUUUAAAGUAAGUUUAAAUUUUUAUUUCGGGUUUGAGAACAUUCACGAAUUUUCUCGAAUGUUUUUGUGUUUUUCUGAGGCUAUACAAAGCGCGCACGAGAACCAGAAAAACAUUUUAACCUGAUCGUUGAUUGUAUUGACGUGUUAGAGGCUGACACAUUUUUACAAAGUAUAAAACAAUUGUGAUUUAUAAUUUAUUUUUUAUAUUCCAAUUAAACAAAUAAAAACAAAAAUGGCAUCUAAAAUCGAAGAUAUUAAACUGGACAUUGAUGAGCUGAAUAGUCUGUUGUUGCAAGCAAAAAGACAGAAAGUCAAAGACAUGCUUGCGUUGGAGGUUAGACGUCUUCAAACAGAGCUGACUAAAAUAAUGGAGGCUACUAAAAACGAGGAGAACAAAAACUCAAAGCCGGCAGUUCCAGCGGUCUCAGAUUCAAAAUGCUACGAGGUGAAAUUGACCAACUACGCCUGGGACCAGUCUGAUAAAUUCAUAAAGCUCUAUGUCACCCUGAAGAAUGUUCAAUCGUUACCCAAGGAAGCUGUUGCCUGUAAUUUCUCCGAGAGGUCUAUUGACCUCCGAGUUAUGGGAUUGGACAAUCGAAACUACCAGCUUCCAAUUUCAAAUCUCUGCGAAGACAUCGACCCGUCUAAAAGCUACAUCAAGGUUAAAACUGAUAUGAUCGUUGUGUUCUUGUCUAAAAAGGCUUCUAAAAAUUGGUCACACGUGACUGGAAUAGAGAAGAGAAUAAAGGAAUCGAAAAAUGCUCCCCCAAGCUCCGAUAAUUCAGACCCGGAAGCUGGAUUGAUGAAUAUUAUGAAGAAAAUGUACCAAGAAGGCGAUGAUGAGAUGAAGAGGACAAUUGCUAAAGCGUGGACUGAAAGUCAAGAGAAGAAAAAUGCCGGUCUUGACAAUUUCCCAUCAAUAUAAGUUUUUUUUUUGUAUUUUUUUUUUCUCAAUA